AUGUGUUCUUUCACGCUAUUUCUUUCUUAUUUGGUACAACGUAUUUCUCUUCUUUCUUUUUUUCUUCGUUUCCGCUGUUGGUUGUUUUUUGUUUUUUCUUAUUUGAAUCUCUAUCCCAUCACAUUCUUUCUUUCCUUCCUUCUCUCUUUUGCCAUUUUUUUCUUUUUUGGAUCUCUACCCCAUCACAUUCUUUCUUUCCUUCUUUCUCUCUUUGUGCCCUUUUUUUUCUUAUUUGAAUCUCUAUCCCAUCACAUUCUUUCUUUCCUUCUUUCUCUCUUUGUGCUCUUUUUUUCUUAUUUGAAUCUCUAUCCCAUCACAUUCUUUCUUUCCUUCCUUCUCUCUUUUGCCAUUUUUUUCUUUUUUGGAUCUCUACCCCGUCACAUUCUUUCUUUCCUUCUUUCUCUCUUUGUGCCCUUUUUUUUCUUAUUUGAAUCUCUAUCCCAUCACAUUCUUUCUUUUCUUCUUUCUCUCUUUGUGCUCUUUUUUUCUUAUUUGAAUCUCUAUCCCAUCACAUUCUAUCUUUUCUUCUUUCUCCCUUUGCGCUCUUUUUUUUCUUAUUUGAAUUUAUAUCCCAUCACAUUAUUUCUUUCUUUCCUUCCUUCUUUCUUUGUGCUCAUUUUUUUCUUAUCUGAAUCUAUAUCCCAUCACAUUCUUUCUUUCCUUCCUUCUCCCUUUGUGCUCUUUUUUUCUUAA